AUGAAAUUGUUGUGUGCUGCUUUAAGUUUUUCAAUAUUUGCUACUGCUUUUUCACGACCACAAGAAACUGUAAAGUUUUUGGGAUUUCGAGAACUGGGAAAAUAUUCUGGAGUUAAUCAAGAAGGAAUCGAAUAUGAAAAAACCUAUUAUGUGUCGAGUUAUAUAAAACUGGCACCUCCUGCAGCUAGAAGCUUCUGCAAAUCUUAUGGCAUGGAUUUGGUUUCAUUUGAAUCCAGAAAUGAAUAUCUUGUUGUGAGAAAUAAGUUUGAACCCGAACUGCCUCGAGAUAAAAGUAUUUUCGUGAUCGUUGGUGGAUUUGCACAUGUUCAACAAAAUGGGAAAAAAAUCUUUCAUUGGAUUUCAACUGGUGAAAAAAUAUUUUCUGGACUUGAAGCUACCGGAGAAGAAUAUUGCUUAGGAAUUAAAAAAGAAGCAAAUGAACCAGUCGCAUUCAUCCCGAUUUCAUGUGAUGAAACACUGAAAUUUAUGUGUCAGGACAUGGAGCUUCAAUACGCUAAUUAA